AUGUCGGGCGGUUCACGUUGUUACGUUCCUGGCUGCAUGAAGACAUCCAUCGCUAACCCAGAGUUGAUGUUUCACGAGCCGAGGGACCGUGAGACGAAGCGAAAGUGGGAGGAAGCAAUCUCCAGUGCAAAUCCUGACCUACCAGAACAACUAAACGUCCUUCGAGUCUGUUCGUCGCAUUCUUCGGACGACGCGUACAGGCUGACUGACAUUAUGCGGAUCCGCCUUGGGUUUCCAGUGAAAAGAAAGCGUUUGAGAGUUGACGCCGUGCCGACCAUAUUCCCUGAACAAAGGCAACCACUCAGCAUGCCAUCGCCAGAGAUUCCAUCGACCAGCUUCGCAGGAUCAGCUGAGUCUGAACCCGAGGGAAUGGAAAUGGGAAGCGGUGGUGGAACACAUUUCAUCCCACAGAACAUCCCAUCGCCAGCCAAUGUAGAAGACGUGCUUGUGCUGGACGAGCUGCCACUGGGACCUCUGGUGCCUUAUCAGACAGUGAGCCAGUACGGGUUCCUAUACACCUUGGUACCAUACAAUCCUGAGCACAAGGACCAAAAGAGAGUGCAGCACAGGGGGACACAGACAGCCAUUCCAACCUCCACACUGGGUAGUACUGCAUUUACAUUAUGCCUUUUGUAG